AUGCCACCCACCAACCAUCACCUUAUUUUCUCUUCAGUUGAACUGUCGUCGCCUGCAGCUUAUGACAUAUUCGUCUUCGGUCGUGCUCGGACUUACGACAAUAGUUGUCGCUUUGACAGAGACCUCUCUUUGCUUUUUCUUUCUUUCUUUUCUUUCUUUUUUUUUCUUUCUUUCUUUUUCUUUUCUUUAUUUCUUUUUUCUUUCUUUCUUUUUCUUUUUUUUUAUUUAUUUAUUUGCCACACCUCUUCACAAGAGAAAAUUAAUUUUCUUUCUUUCUUUCGUUGCCACAUCUCUUCACAAGGAGACCCCUCUUUGCUUUUUCUUUCUUUCUUUCUUUCUUUCUUUCUUUCUUUCUUUCUUUCUUCAUUUCUUUCUUUCUUUCUUUCUUUCUUUAUUUAUUUAUUUGCCACACCUCUUCACAAGAGAAAAUUAAUUUUCUUUCUUUCUUUUCAGAAAAUUAAUUUUCUUUUGCUUUUUUCGUUCUUUUCUCUUUUGCUUUUCUUUCUUUCUUUUUUCUUUCUUUUUCUUUCUUUAUUUAUUUAUUUGCUACACCUCUUCACAAGAGAAAACAAUUACUUUUCUUUCUUUCUUUCGUUGCCACAUCUCUUCACAAGGAGACCCCUCUUUUGCUUUUCUUUUUUCUUUCUUUUUUCUUUCUUUUCUUUCUUUCUUUAUUCAUUUAUUUAUUUUAUUUAUUUAUUUGCCACACCUCUUCACAAGAGAAAAUUAAUUUUCUUUCUUUCUUUCGUUGCCACAUCUCUUCAAGGAGACCUUUCUUUUUGCUUUUUUCUUUCUUUUCUUUAUUUCUUUCUUUUCUUUCUUUCUUUAUUUAUUUAUUUAUUUAUUUGCCACACCUCUUCACAAGAGAAAAUUAAUUUUCUUUCUUUCUUUCGUUGCCACAUCUCUUCACAAGGAGACCUCUCUUUGCUUUUUCGUUCUUUCUUUCUUUCUUUCUUUCUUUCUUUAUUUAUUUAUUUAUUUAUUUGCCACACCUCUUCACAAGAGAAAACAAUUACUUUUCUUUCUUUCUUUCGUUGCCACAUCUCUUCACAAGGAGACCUCUCUUUGCUUUUUCUUUCUUUCUUUCUUUCUUUCUUUCUUUCUUUAUUCAUUUAUUUAUUUAUUUAUUUAUUUGCCACACCUCUUCACAAGAGAAAAUUAUUUUCUUUUUUCUUUUUCAUUUCUUUUCUUUUGCCACUUUCUCUUCAUUAUUUAUUUAUUUAUUGUUGCCACACCUCUUCAAGAGGAGACUUUUCUUUCUUUCUUUCGUUGCCCAUCUCUUUAGGAGGAGACCUUUUCUUUUCUUUCUUUCUUUCUUUCUUUCUUUAUUUAUUUAUUUAUUUGCCACACCUCUUCACAAGAGAAAACAAUUACUUUUCUUUCUUUCUUUCGUUGCCACAUCUCUUCACAAGGAGACCCUUCUUUGCUUUUUCUUUCUUUCUUUCUUUCUUUCUUUCUUUCUUUAUUUAUUUAUUUAUUUAUUUAUUUGCCACACCUCUUCACAAGAGAAAAUUAAUUUUCUUUCUUUCUUUCGUUGCCACAUCUCUUCACAAGGAGACCUCUCUUUGCUUUUUCUUUCUUUCUUUCUUUCUUUCUUUCUUUCUUUCUUUAUUUAUUUAUUUAUUUGCCACACCUCUUCACAAGAGAAAACAAUUACUUUUCUUUCUUUCUUUCGUUGCCACAUCUCUUCACAAGGAGACCUCUCUUUGCUUUUUCUUUCUUUCUUUCUUUCUUUCUUUCUUUCUUUCUUUCUUUCUUUCUUUCUUUAUUUAUUUAUUUAUUUGCCACACCUCUUCACAAGAGAAAAAAUUACUUUUCUUUUCUUUCUUUCGUUGCCACAUCUCUUCACAAGGAGACCCUUCUUUUGCUUUUUUUCUUUUCUUUCUUUCUUUCUUUCUUUCUUUCUUUUUUCUUUCUUUCUUUAUUUAUUUAUUUAUUUAUUUAUUUGCCACACCUCUUCACAAGAGAAAAAAAUUAAUUUUCUUUUCUUUUCUUUCGUUGCCACAUCUCUUCACAAGGAGACCUCUCUUUGCUUUUUUUCUUUCUUUCUUUCUUUUCUUUCUUUCUUUUUCUUUCUUUCUUUCAUUUAUUUAUUUAUUUAUUUGCCACACCUCUUCACAAGAAAACAAUUAUUUUUCUUUCUUUCUUUCACCUUUCUUUUCUUUUCUUUCGUUUCUUUUUCUUUCUUUCUUUCUUCAAGGGAGACAAGGGAGACCUCUUUGCUUUUUUUUUUUUUUCUUUUUUCUUUUCUUUCUUUCUUUCUUUCUUUCUUUCUUUCUUUCUUUAUUUAUUUAUUUAUUUGCCACACCUCUUCACAAGAGAAAACAAUUACUUUUCUUUUCUUUCUUUCGUUGCCACAUCUCUUCACAAGGAGACCCUUUUUCUUUUUCUUUCUUUCUUUUUUCUUUCUUUCUUUUUUCUUUUUUCUUUAUUUAUUUAUUUAUUUAUUUAUUUGCCACACCUCUUCACAAGAGAAAAUUAAUUUUUUUUCUUUCUUUUCGUUGCCACAUCUCUUCACAAGGAGACCUCUCUUUGCUUUUUUUCUUUCUUUUUUCUUUCUUUCUUUCUCUUUUAUUUUAUUUCUUUCUUUUUUGCCACAAGGAGACCCUCUUUGCUUUUUUUCUUUCUUUCUUUCUUUCUUCACAAGAGAAAACAAUUUUCUUUCUUUCUUUCGUUACCUCUCUUUUUCUUUCUUUCUUUCUUUCUUUCUUUUUCGUUAUUUAUUUGCCACACCUCUUCACAAGAAAACAAUUUUCUUUCUUUCUUUCGUUACAUCUCUUCACAAGGAGACCUCUCUUUGCUUUUUCUUUCUUUCUUUCUUUCUUUAUUUAUUUAUUUAUUUAUUUAUUUAUUUCUAGUAGAAAACAAUUACUUUUCUUUCUUUCUUUCGCAGGAGACCUCCAUUUUCUUUUUUCUUUUUUUCUUCCUAUAAUUUUCUUUCUUUUUUGUUUCUCUUUUUUGCUUUUCGUUCUUUUUUUUUUCUUCUUUCUUUCUUUAUUUAAUUUAUUUUUUCCUUCCUUUAUUUUCUUUUUCUUUCUUUUUAUUCACCUCUUUUUUUCAUUCUUUACGUUCCUUCGUUUCUUAAAUUUCUCUCUUUCUUGGAUUCUUUUCUCUUUUUCUUUUCUUUCUCUAUUUUCUUUUUUUUUUUUUUCAUUCUUUCUUCGUUUGGUACACUUUUUCAUGAGAGAAAAUAAUUACUUUUUCUUUCUUUACUUUUCCUUUCUUCCUUUCUGUUUUUCUUUGGUACACCACUUCAUCACUGAAAAUAAUUACUUUUUUCUUUUUUUACGUUCCCCUUUUUUUCAUUUUUUUUCUUUCUUUGCUACACUUCUUCAUCGGAGAAAAUAA